AUGACGAUACAAGGGGCAUUUAAGGAGGUCAACAAAAUCAGAAACGAAAGCGACGAUGGAGAGAGCAGCGAUGAAAAAAGCGGAAUCGAUGACGCCAAGUCGUCCGUAUUUGUCAAGUCGAACAAAAUUCCCGAUAACACAGAUGUGGUGAAAGGAAUUAAUUUCGAAAAAGAAGUGAAUUUGCACGAAUUUGUAAAUCAGUACAAAUACAUGGGGUUUCAGGCCACCAACUUGGGCAUAGGGAUUGAUGAGAUGAACAAAAUGAUUCAUUUUAAGUAUGCAGAGGGGGUAGAAGGGGCAGGAGAGACGCAUGAUGACCAGGAUCGGGACAGCGAUGGUGACCAUCAAGCACUACCAAAAAAAAAAAAAUGUCUAAUCUGGCUAUCCUUCACCUCAAACAUGAUCUCUAGCGGCCUGCGUGAAAUAUUCGUGUACCUCGCAAAGAAGAAAUUCAUAGACGUGGUUGUGACCACGGCUGGGGGAGUGGAGGAAGACAUUAUCAAGUGCUUCUCCAAAACGUACCUGGGCGAUUUUAAUCUCAACGGGAAAAAAUUAAGGAAAAAGGGGUGGAACAGAAUAGGGAACUUAAUCGUCCCCAAUGAUAACUACUGCAAAUUUGAGGACUGGCUUCAGCCCCUACUAAAUAAGAUGUUGCACGAACAGAACAGAAAAAAUGAAGAGCUCUUUUUAAAGAAGUUGGACAAGCGAAGGGGACGAAGAGAACGCGAAGGAAAGAAGGCCCCGUCAUCCCACUGUGCACCAUCGUCAUGUAUACCAUCGUCGCCUUCACAAUCGCCGCCUUCCCCAUCACAACCGUCCAACCCCCCUUGUGACAGCUCCGAUGAGGACGAAUCUGACAUGUUCUACUUGAGCCCCUCCGAGUUCAUAAAGAAGCUGGGGGAGGAAAUAAAUGAUGAAAGUUCCCUGAUAUAUUGGUGCCAUAAAAAUGACAUCCCCGUAUUUUGUCCUGGGUUAACAGAUGGGUCCCUGGGGGAUAAUUUAUUUUUUCACAACUAUGGGAAAAAAAUAAAAAAUAAUCUGAUUUUAGACAUUGUUAAGGAUAUCAAGAAGAUUAACUCUUUGGCGCUAAAUUGUAAGAAGUCUGGAAUUAUCAUUUUGGGGGGGGGCCUACCGAAACAUCACGUCUGUAACGCCAAUUUGAUGAGAAACGGAGCCGAUUUUGCAGUGUAUGUAAACACAGCUAAUGAGUACGACGGCAGUGAUAGUGGCGCAAAUACUACGGAAGCUUUAUCCUGGGGGAAGAUUAAGGCGGGUCACACGAACAACCACGUUAAAGUUUUUGGCGACGCCACGAUUUUGUUUCCGCUGAUGGUUCUCAACACGUUCUAUUUCCACGAUCGACGGGGGAAGCAGCAAGAGGGGGUGGCGCAGCUCGGCUGA